UUCGCCAAAUAAUAUCUACGCGACAGCAGUGCUAGUGGUUAAUGGGUUCAUGUCCGUGAAAUGUAUUUAAGUGCUAGCUGUCGCUAAACACUGAAAACCGAUUCGGACUCUUCGGAGAAAACGCGAAUGAACGUUUUAUUAUGUACACGGUUUACGGUAGGGGACCGUUAAACCGGAACUAGCCGUUCCUCUCCAGUAGCUAUCCGAAGAAGCUAGCUGGCUACUUCAGGGCAAUUAUUUUUGGUUCAAUUCAGAUGCAGGAAUAUUACUUUGUCCUUGACAUAUCGUAGGAAAGGUCUAACUAAACGUUUGAACUGAAUUAUCGAAACCGACGAUGCUCUCGGAGGACACUGUAUCAUGCAGCAGCGGUUCUUUUCACAAUAGACUAGCUUCUGUUAUGGCUACGGUGGCCAAAUCUGCUAUUGCAGAGAUAGGCAAACUCUAUGACGAUGGCUUAGUUGUCCUACGUUUGGAGGUGUGUCGCAAAGAUUCAGAAAUACAGACACUGAAGAAAAAACUUGAAACGGUAGAAAAUGAAUUACGGUGUAUGAAAGAGUCACAGCGACCAGUAACCUCAAAUCUGUUUCCAAGUUCUGGAAAGAGGGAAGGAGACCAAUGCAUCGAGAUGACCAAUCAGCAGCUAAUUUUAAAAAAUCCACCAGACACUAAUAUAUGUAAUAAGAGGACAGGAGACGAAGCAAGGAAUAUUCAAUGUGUAUCCUCUGAAGAAAUACAGUCGCAAGCCAGUGUUACUAAAAACAAAGACACAGUAUUAAGCUGCACGGAGACACACACCACACCUCAGCCUCCUACAGGGGACCUUAACAAGCCAGCGUUUUGCACUGAGGACUUUGGUGGAUUGGAACUCCAAAUGAAGGUGGAACAGGAGAUAAACUCAGAUAUUCUAGACGACAGCAGUGCAGAGUCAGUUUCAGAGUGUGUCAUAAUCGAGGACACGGACACACAGCCGUGGACCUCUGUUGCCGUUGUGACUGGUGCGGUCAGUGCCGAAGAUGCACAAGACCCUAACUACCCUUUUCUAACCGAAGAAGUGCCUCCAUGUGCGGACACAGACGGGUCUCCUUUUCUUUCCACUGUGCCAGGUGUUAGCACCAGCUCAUCCGGUCCUGUUUGUUCAAGGAACAACAGGCUCAGCUUGGAACCAGUAAGACAGCAGAGCAGGUUGCAGCCCCCCUGGAACGAAGGCGCAUCAGCGGACUUUAGCCCCCUGCAGGAGGUUCAGCUGCCACUGUUUGCCCAGCAGAGGCCAGAUGUGGUGCCCCAGCAGCGGACACACCUUCCUGCAUCACCUCAGAACCACACCAGGACUCAUGACCGCCUGGAGCCCUCAUACAAUGUUAUCAAUCAUAACCGCAGUAGAGGGGUGUUUACGGUGGACAAUGCCGAUUUAGGCAGAACUACGUUGCCACAGCGGAGGAAACCUGUGAAAGAGAAGUGGUUCAUCUGUUCGUUCUGUGGGAAAAGCUUUGACCGAUUCAGCCACCUUCAAAUGCACCAGAGGAUUCACACGGGUGAGAAGCCAUUCAGCUGUAACAUAUGUGGAAAACGGUUCUCCCAGCAAAGUAACCUACGCACACACCAAAGAACCCAUAGGACUCCAAUUAAAGAGUUUUGAAAGUGGGGGAAAAAAAC